AUGGGUAUUGAUUUCAAUGAAAUUAACACGGCGGUAAAAAUAACUGCAACCAAUGCUCUAAAAAUUAUUUUCUAAAUCAUCGACCGACAUUCCGGUGUUCUAUUGAAUUCACUAGCGAUAAUUUUUAUUUAUUUUUCCAGAGUAAUUUUGUAGUAAUAAAAUUAUAAGGAUUCAACUUAAUUAAGACGAUGUUUUUUCUUUCUUUUUAUUCCAGGCUGCGAUACUUCAGCAGACUGCCGAAUACAUAUACCAGCUGGAACAAGAGAAAACCCAACUGCUGUCACAGAACUGUCAAUUGAAACGACUGGUGAAUCAACACGAGGGUGGCGAUGUUCCGAUCAAGAAACGCAAACCGGACAAUCAAGGAGGUGUCGUGGUCAGUUUACCCAUGCACGUUAGCGAAAGCGGUGACGAAGGAUUGGGCAGCAUGUCCCCCGAACCAUUAUCGGUAAUAACGGUGACCACAGAGGGACAUUCCGUGGUUAACAGCGAGGUGGUGGAGCUUAGACGACAGUUGGAGAGGGAGCGUCACGCGAGGUUGCAUCUAGAGAAGCAGAUGAGAGCUAUACAGAGUCAACUGUAUCCGGAAAGAUUCAGGGAUAAUCAGCUGAUCACUUAUCAGCCUCACGAGGUAAUCGAACACACGGACAACGUGAUCGCUCAGGAGACGGAGGAAGCUGUGGCGGCGCUGCAGGUAGUUUCCGUGGUGUCCUUGGCGCCGGUUGGCACGACGCAGACCGUGGAAACGUCUAGUCCAGACCCAAGUUCACCGCCCCUGUCUCCACAGCCGGCCGACAUGGUACCAGAGGAGAUCAAAGAGGAGGAGGCUGGCCCAGGCUCGCCGAAGAUCGUGACGUUUGGUCAGAACCAGGUGUUCUCCGCGAUCGACGAACAGACUACCGGUGACUCGUUCUCCUCGUCGAGUCGUGUCACGUACGCCACGAGUACGGGCGAGUUUAAAAACGCGUCGCCGCAAUACAUCACCACCAGCCCUAGCAGGCCAUUCUCACCAGCUGCUGAACCACGGCUACCUAGUGUCCUCGAGGCCGCUAUGAAGGCGGAACCGAAGGUUGAAGUUGAGAGGUUGCCGUCGCCCUCCAACACCCUGGACGACGGAUCCCCGCAGGCGAGGCUCUAUCUGGCCAAUACCUCUCGACAGAACCUGGAAACGAUCGUUGAAGCGAUACGCCACCUAGAGGGAGACCAUCUGUUCAGCGACGAGCCAGCGCAGGACGUGCCGUUGGCGUUGACCAACAAGCAGACUGCGAACACGUCGAGCAAGUCGACGACAACGUCGUCCGGCGCGUCGCCGACGGCGAAGCAGCGGCUACUGCAAGCCGAGUUCCUCCAGUUCCACAGACAGCAGCAAACCCAGCAGCGACCGGGCGUGAUCGUAGUGAAGCACUCGUGA